UGGACGGCUUCGGUCGGGUCCGCGGGGCUGUUUGGGUGACCGCGUCGCCUCCGACUCUGCAGGAGGAUGCUGGUGGUGGAGGUCGCUAAUGGCCGCUCGCUGGUGUGGGGAGCUGAGGCGGUGCAGGCGCUGCGGGAGCGCUUGGGAGUCGGGGGCCGCACGGUGGGCGCCCUGCCCCGCGGGCCCCGCCAGAACUCGCGCCUGGGCCUCCCGCUUCUGCUGUUGCCCGAAGAGGCCCGGCUCCUGGCCGAGAUAGGCGCCGUGACGCUAGUCAGCGCCCCGCGUCCGGAUCCCCGCAGCCAUGGCUUGGCCCUAGCGUCGUUCAAACGCCAGCAAGAGCAGAGUUUCCAGGAGCAGAGCACUUUGGCAGCCGAGGCCCGUGAGACACGGCGUCAGGAGCUCCAAGAGAAGAUCGUAGAGGGCCAGGCCGCCAAGAAGCAGAAGCUGGAACAGGAUUCAGGGGCGGAAGAAGGCCAAGAAGCCGGUGGAAGCGAAGCUGCCCAAGCGAGUGAGACAAGAGAUGAUGGCCCGGCUUCUGCGGAGCAGGAGGGAGCAAGUGAGGACUCUUCAUCUCCCCAACCAGGGCCUUCAAACGGGGUGACCCCCUUGCCCAGGUCAGCCCUGCUCAUCCAGCUGGCCACUGCCAGGCCUCGGCCUGUAAAGGCUAAGCCUCUGGACUGGCGUGUGCAGUCCAAAGACUGGCCCCACGCUGGCCGUCCUGCCCACGAGCUGCGCUACAGCAUCUACCGAGACCUGUGGGAGAGAGGCUUCUUCCUCAGCGCAGCUGGGAAGUUUGGUGGUGACUUCCUGGUCUAUCCUGGUGACCCGCUGCGUUUCCACGCUCACUACAUUGCUCAGUGCUGGGCUGCUGAAGACCCCAUCCCACUUCAGGACCUGGUCUCUGCCGGCCGCCUGGGAACCAGUGUCAGAAAGACCCUGCUUCUCUGCUCCCCUCAGCCUGAUGGGAAGGUGGUCUACACCUCCCUGCAGUGGGCCAGCCUGCAGUGAGCUGGAGACUGAGGGAGGUGUGGCUGUGGGUCAUAAGAACCCUUCUGGAUGGUCACUCCAGCUUGUCUCCACAUGGAGGCUUGUGCCCUGCCUGGUUAGUUCUGAUUCCAGAGUUUUGAACACUACAUCCCUUCUAGUUUUUUUUUUGUUUGUUUGUUUUAAGGCACUUAGCAGCUGUGU